GUCGCUCGCAUCAACCGGCAUCUCUCCACCGCGCACGAUGGCUAAAUACUUCGGCGACAUCGCUAAAGGCGUCAAGGACAUCCUGUCCGGCGGCCUGAACUACAACCACAAGGUCGCGGUCAGCGGGUUCAAAGCCGGCGACGUCGCGCUCAAGGCUGACCUCGCGAGCAAGGGCACGGACUUCAACGGCACGGCCACCGCCAACUUCUCGCCCGCGAGCGACGUCGCCGCGGAGGUCACCGUGUCGGACGCGGGCGUCGUGAAAGCGCAGGCCGCGAUCACGGGACUCCUCGACGGGCUCAAGACCACGGUCAGCGCGGAGCCGAUGAACGCGGCGAAGACGCUCAAGAUCGCGAACCAGCUCCUGAGCGGCGACUACGGCGUCAAGGCGGACGUCACGAACAUCGCGUCCUCCCCGAAGGCGGAUGCAUCCGUCUGCGUGAACCUCGGCGACGCGCAGAUCGGCGCGGAGGCUGCCAUCACCGACAAGGGCGUCGGCGCGUACUCCAUCGCCGCGCAGUUGAAGCUGGACGACCUCACGCUCUCCGCGAUCCUCGCGGACAAGCUCGACACCGUGAAGGCGGGAGCGUUGUACAAGCUCGACGCGGACGUCACGGCGGCGGCGGAGGCGAUCCACAAGGUCUCCGCGGGAUCCACGAGCGUCAGCGCGGGCGUCGCCGCGAAGCUCGCGAGCGGGCACUCCGCGCGGAUCGUGAUCUCGUCCGCGGCCGUGCUGCAGGGCUCGUACAGCGGCGAGAUCGUGAAAGGCGUGCAGGGCACCGCGUGUCUGCAGGUUGACUCCAAGCAGGCGUACAAGUACGGCGUGCAGAUCGCGUACAAAAACUAAAUCGAAGCGAUUCGAGACUCGAGAGGGAGGGAGGGAGGGCUCUCGUCGGCGACGAAACACGGCGGACGCUCGCGUGUACAUGCAUUUUUAAUAAUACGAAACGAAACGAGCGCGAUAUCUAUCGCUUCGCUCUGCUU